AUGCAUCAACGUCGAACUAACAUUCUGUUAGUAACUUCACCUGAACCAACUAGCUCACCACUUGAAAUCGAAGUAGCGAGUACUAGUACAUUACUUGAAGCCGUAGUGGAGAAUACUAGUCCUCCUUCCAGCAGUAGCUUUGGAUCUGAGAGUGAAGACACUUCUUUUCCCAGCCCCUCCCCUGAUACCCUCACUACCUCCUUUUUCACUUUUACAGUAACCCCUACAACCCCUUUCCCCACUCCUUCCCGAACAUUUACCACCUCCACCAUCAUGUCUUUCUCUUUUAUCUUCCAUACCUCCUCUGCCACCACUUCCUUCCACUCCCACUUCUCCGCCACCAUUUCUAAUAUUCCCAACUCAAGCUCCAACCCUGGCUCCUCCUCUGUUUCCCCCAUCUCAUCUAAAUCACACAUAGGAGCAAUAAUUGGCGGCACCAUCGGUGGAGUUGUGCUUAUUACUACUGUUAUCAUACUGGUAUUGAUACACCGAUCGAAAAAGAGGAGACACAGGCAACGGUCCAUGUCGGAGACUCUUGAUCAUGGAAUUGGUGGAGCCACACCAUUUCCAUUAAAAGAUCAACUGACAACAAUAACAAAUUCAGAUCCAAAUUCACAUUCGAAUUUGACUCCAGUCGUACCUCCUGAAAUGACAACACUUGGUGAAAGCAACUCUGUAGUUGCCACACAGCUAACGGCCAGUACAUUUGGUACAAGAAGGAAUUUGUUUGUACAUCAAGAUGGGGGGAGGAUCGAGAUGCCUUUGCAGGCAGAACCAGAAGAUGUGGUUCUUGAAGAGAUUCCACCACCUUAUGAGAGUCUGAUAUAG